GCGGAGGUAGCACCCACUGCACCGCCCUUGGUGCUGCAGCAGUUCCCAGCCGCGCAAGCCGCCCCGCAGCCGCAGCCCGUGUCGCGGCCCACGAUGCCGCUGGAGGCGCCUCCGGCUUUCGUGAUGCGCGGCAAAGAUCCGUGCGUGCCCGUGGGGGGAGCGAAGGUCAUCGUGGGCCCUCGGGAAGAGUUCGAGUAUGUCCCCAGCGCUUUUGAGAAGGAGUGGACCGAGCAGACUCGCAUGGGCCAAAUCUGCAAGCUGGCCUUGCAGCAGAAGUCGCAGGCGGCGCUCUGGCUCAACUACUCAAAAGCUGUGUUCAAGCCCGUGGUCGACCAGCCGGCAAGGGAUCCGACACCCCAAGAGGCAGAGGUCUUGUCGUACUUCUUGGACAAGGACAAGAGGCGUCAUUGGAUCGAGCCACUGUCGGGGGUUGCUCGCAACCCGCACUCCGUGUGCCCCAACACCGGCGGGGUGGACAAGUUCGACAUCCAGUACUUGGUGCUGGAUAGCUAUUGCGGCAUUCCAGGACCGAAGCCGCGUGUGAAGCUGUUCGACAUGGGCUGCACCACCAACUGGAAUUGGCAGAAGCCGCAGUAUGACUUCCAGAACGUGGACUACCGGAAAGGGGUGGGCCUCGGUCCAUCCAUCCCCUUGUUCUUCAACAUGUAUCGAGAUCGCUGCAUGGAGUUUGAUGACAUCUACGGAUGGGAGGCGAGAUUCAUCAACCAGAACGAAUGGUGGUUUCCGCUGCCAGAUCACAUCCGAGAACGGACGCGAUUCUACAACAUACCUGUCAAUGAAACGCCGUGCCAACUCACCACCGAAGGGGUCUUUGCUGAAAAAGGCAGCUUUCUGCACAUGUUGCCGUACGCUGCAAAGCCGGAGGAUUUCGUGGUCGUGAAGACACCUGGCCAUCAAAGUGAUGUCUAA